CCUCUUCCCCGCUCGGCAGCCCCUGCCGCAGCUGCCGUCAUGGCGUUCAACCCGUAUCCCGAGCUGCGCUACGACGCAGACGGCUGGAUCGUACCCCUCGAUCCUCGCUAUGCCGCUCCACCUCUGCCGUAUGCUCCAGCACAGCAGAACGGCUGGCAGCCGCCGCAGGAGGAGUGGCUGCCGCAGGAGGACUGGCUGCCGCAGGACGACGAAGAGUGCGUGUGCGGGCGCUGCUUCGAUGCACCGCCGCAGGGCUAUGGUCCUCCGAUGCAGCAGCGCUUCGAUGCUAUGCCGCCACAGCGCUACGAUCCUCCGCUCCCGCAGCGCUACGCUCCGCCGCAGCGCUACAAUCAUCUGCCACCGCAGCGCUACGGCCCUGCUCCUCCACAGCGCUACCACGCUCCUCCACAACAGCAGCGCUGGGAGUCUCCUCCUCGACAGUGGCGCCGGCGUUCUUCCUCGCCGCUGCAGGAUCAGUGGCGCGGUCCUCCUCCGCAGCGCUGGGAUCCUCCGCAGCGCUGGGAUCCUCCGCAGCGCUGGGAUCCUCCGCAGCAGCAGCAGCAGCAGCAGCAGCAGCAGCAGCAGCUGAUGAGGCCAAGGGCGCAGCGCUACGACGAACCUCAAGAGGAGGAGUGGGACAUGAUAGUGCCGGAUCAGCUUCGCGGCCCGAUGGGGGUGCAUCAUUACGCCGACUACGGAGAGCGCCCGCAGUCGCCUCGCAUCCGAAUGCAGCUGCUGCUCGACUACGACGAGGCAGCCGAUGUUUUCGAGCUCCUCAACGUCCGGGCUCAUGGACGCCGUGAGCCGCCGCUCGCGCUAGCUCGGCACGCUGCUGCUGCGCCUCGCCAACCCGCCGCUGCCGCCGCGGCCGAGCCUCCUUUCGCUCGCGUGGUCGAGCUCGACGAGAACGACGCUGAAGAUCUGCCGCCGCCUUACGAGCCUAUUGGACCAGUCCUUCGUCGCCAGAUCGCGCCGUUGCCGCAGCGUGCACGCGGACGCAAUGAGCUUGCUCCUCGUCCUGCCUUCGCGCGUUCAGACGAAGACGAGCGGGCUGACAGGCGGCGCGCUCGCCAGGUCGAGGCCGCGCAGGCCGCGCGCCGCGUGCGGGCACUCGCGCGCAACGUCGAGCGCAACGACAGCCGCAUGGAGGAGGACUGA